AUGUCUUCUCGUCUACCUGCUUUUGCCCGCGGCUCCUCCGACUCCCAAGAGCCCUCCGAUCCCAUCUCCCCCGCCGACCAGCGCAGCGAUGCUAAGCAGAACUUCCUAAAGACGAUGCGCGCGCUGCCCACGCAGCAUUACUGGAACGUCUACUUUGACCGUCAGGCCAAGGAGGGCGAGACCGGUGACCAAUAUCACUCUGGCCUCGAGCAGCUCGGCACCCAGAUCGAGUCGGUGCAGGACUUUUGGCGAUAUGCGAACAACACCCCCGUUGCAAAUAUCGGUGUGCGCGAGUCCCUCUACCUCUUUAAGUCGGGCUUCCGUCCUGUCUGGGAGGAUCGACGAAAUGUCCUCGGCGGGAGCUGGACCUUCCGCUUUCCCAAGAGCUUGGGUCCUGAUGUCUGGACCCGGGUUCAGCUCCUUGCUAUUGGCGAGCAGCUCCAGAGCGUUCUCGACGACGAGGACCAGCUCUGCGGCGUUGGUCUUUCGGUCCGCUUCAACUCCCACCUCGUCACCGUCUGGCACCGCGACGCCUCCAAGAAGAAUUCGAUCGACAACAUCCUCGCAUGCAUCUUGGAAGGACUCCCCGCCGAAAUGCACCCCAAGCCCGACGCCUACUACUACAAGCGACACUCGGACCAUGCUGGCUUCAACCCUCCCCCGGAGCUCAAGGCCGUCCUGGACUCCCGCCGUCGAGAGGAGGAGAAGCUGGCUGCUGCGGCCAAGGAUACCGGAGCGAAGCCAGCUGUGACAGUCGACUCUCCUCAAUGA